AUGUCUUGGUUAUUUGGAAAACAAUCAAAUACAUCUACUGAAGAAGAUGCAAAAAUUAAACAAACUUUAGGGUUUGAUCCUAAAGAAAUUAGUGAUGUUAACUCCAUCAUAUCUACCCCAGGUUCUAGUACUACCAACACAUCUGCAUUCAGUAAAUUACAUCCAUUAGCUGGAUUAGAUAAAGGAAUCGAAUAUUUAGAUUUAGAAGAAGAAAAAUUAAAUACUGUUGAAGGUUCAAAAGGUUUAAUUCCAUCUAGAUCUUGGACUGAUGAUUUAUGUUAUGGUACUGGUGCUGUUUAUUUAUUAGGUUUAGGAAUUGGUGGUCUUUGGGGUUUUCAAACUGGUGUUAAUACUUUACCAGAAAAUGCUCCAGGUAAAGUUAAAUUGAAUCAUAUUUUGAAUAAUAUUACCAAAAGAGGUCCAUUUAUGGGUAAUUCAGCAGGUGUUUUAGCUUUAACUUAUAAUUUAAUUGAUUCAAGUAUUGAUGGAAUAAGAGAAAAACAUGAUGAUUUGAAUUCUGUGGUUGCUGGUGCUUUAGCUGGUGCUUUGUUCAAAAGUAGUGCUGGUUUUAAACCAAUGGCUUAUUCUUCAGUUAUGAUGGCUGGUGCUGCUGGUGUUUGGUGUGGUAUUAAGAGAUUAUUACAAGAGUCAGAUUAA